AUGGCCAUGUGGAUCGCGUGUGUCACAGUUGUGCUUCUGCUUGUCCUGUCGGAGGUGAACGCAAGUGGCAAAUACUGCAAAAGCGAUCUUUGUCCUCGUGGAGGUCCUCACGUUGGUUGUAAUGCACCCCCAGCGUCUGGCGGUCCAACAUGCCGGAGCAAAAAGAACGCCAAGAAAAUCUCCCUGAAUAAGUUCCAAACUUUUAUUACGGACGAACACAACCUCAACCGUUCCAACAUUGCGCUGGGCAGGAUUUCACCCUAUCCGAAGGCGGUCAAGAUGCCAACACUAACGUGGGAUAAGGAGCUAGCUGAUCUUGCCGAUGCAAAUGCACGCUCGUGUAUCUAUGGUCACGAUAAGUGUCGCGCAACGAAGACCUUCCCGUACGCUGGACAAAACAUUGCCAUCACACAGUUCUUUGGAUAUAAAUUCACCGAGAAGGACAUUAUCCAUAAGUUUAUCUCGAGCUGGUGGAGUGAAUAUUUGGAUGCACAUCCGGAACAUAUUCAAAAGUAUCCCUCAUCGUACAGAGGAAAACCAAUCGGUCACUUCACGCAGAUCGCCAGUGAUCGUAGCACAAAGGUGGGCUGCUCGAUGUGGUACUGGAAGGAUGGUCAGAUGGAUGUUUACUAUUUCGUAUGCAACUACUCGACGACAAAUAUUAUGGAUCGUUCCGUGUACCAGUCCGGUCCUACCGGCUCAAAGUGCCAAACUGGAAGAAACCCCAAAUUCCCUGGACUCUGCAACGCUAGAGAAGAGCCACGUUCGAUUAUGGAUCCUUAAA